AAUUAAAUCCGAAAAAAAGGAGAAUAACGGCGUAAAGAACGGAGAUCGGGAGAAAAAGCAUGAGACUGGAAAUACCAUAUUCCGGGGGAGCCCCGAUAAGUACCUGACGGAGCAAGGCUGGAUGGCGCAGUCUGACCUAGGAUCCCGGGCUUUGGUAGAGGAUUUUGUGAGGUACAAGUUAUGCCAGCGUAGUCUGGUUCCGGAGCCUUCAGGAGCAGCAUCCUGUGCUUUGCAUUCGGCUAUGCGUGCUGCAGGGGAUGAAUUUGAGGAGCGAUUCAGACAAGCAUUCAGUGAGAUCUCCACACAGAUCCAUGUGACCCCCGGCACAGCAUAUGCACGCUUUGCAGAAGUAGCAGGUAGCCUAUUCCAAGGUGGGGUGAAUUGGGGUCGCAUAGUUGCAUUUUUUGUUUUUGGUGCCGCGCUGUGUGCUGAGAGUGUCAACAAGGAGAUGUCCCCUCUUCUGCCACGGAUCCAAGACUGGAUGGUGACAUAUCUGGAGACAAACCUGAGAGACUGGAUUCAGAGCAAUGGUGGCUGGAAUGGGUUUCUAACUCUAUAUGGGGAUGGUGCCAUAGAAGAAGCCAGGAGGCAACGUGAGGGGAAUUGGGCAUCACUGAAGACUGUCUUAACUGGAGCAGUGGCUCUGGGUGCUUUGAUGACAGUAGGGGCCUUGUUUGCCAGCAAGUGAUAUAGACUUAGAAACCAGACAAGUAAUAGACAAUAAGAAUUACCUGAUACAGUUUAAUC